AUGAAGGAUAAGGAAGUAUCGAUGCAUUUGAAAAGGGUAUCGGAAGGCGCUCUACCACAGCAACCGACAAAAACUACACCGAUGACAGAAGAAACGUUGCCUCAGAAAAUCGCGCCUCCGGAAAAUCUUCAAAAAGGAGUAGAGCCUGAAACAAACUUAGCGAUAACUAGUCCGUCGGCAGAGACGCUUGCGCCGGACAAGCACAGAACACGCGCCGUAUUGCCAAAAAAAGAAGAGACAACUGUUGACAACAACAAAAUAUCGAGCGAUCCUGCACCAAUGAGCCCAUCCGUGCAUAAGCCAGCUACAGAGACGCUGGCUCGACUUAAACACGGCUCUAUUGGUAUCUCAUCAAUGACCCCGAAAAAAGAACAGAAAUCCGAGUUAAAUCUGAUGCCGAUGACGUAUUUGAUCAAACCAAAAGUGCCACAUAUUAAGAAAGCACAUCAUCCAACAACUUCGAAGAAUGUUCAAGAUGACGGCCUUAUCAAUCAAGUCUUUGGAUAUCUCACGAAAAUCUUUGAUUUAUUCAAGCCAUCAGAAUCUGAAAUAACGCCAUCGAAACGACCGAAGGUCAAGGACAUGGAAGACAUUCAUCCGAUGAAGAAAGAUACAUUGGCUAAUCUGCAACCGGGAUCAGAAGACACCAUAUCGCAAAAGCGUACAAUGUCCAAACAUGCGAAAGAGUCGGUGAAGCCGUUAAUGCGCGUAACAGCCAAAAAGCCUUCAGAGUCAUCGAAGGUCGAGCCAGAGAAAAAGCCGCUGUCACACGAAAAAAAUGGACUUGAAGCCACUUUACUGACGCCGUUCGAAUCGAAAAAAGGAGGGGGUACGAAAUCUGUAAAUAAGAAUUCGUUGACGCGGAAGGUGUGGCUGGACUCGGUAAAGACGAUCGAAAAUACGCCUCGCUAUGUGGUACAACUUCCCAAUUACGAUGUAAAAAAUCUUGAAUACUUUGACACCCUAAAGGCACUAAAAAAUCCACGGAGUAUGUUAGAGUGGUUAAGAAAUUGGUCACUUGAAAAGCGUUUGCCUGCGUACAUCGCGGCUUGUGAGGAGACCGCAAAUGAGAGAGGAUAUCUGGAUAUUUAUGGAAUCGAGGCGCUUUUAGACGAUGGAAAAAUUACCAGUGCUAAAAAUCUCGCAUAUAUUUUUCGAAUGUAUUUGCAAAGUGGAGACAACGUCAAAUUAGCUAUGGCUCCACGAAUCGAAAAGGCAAUGAUUGAAUGGAUGUUAAAGAAAAACCAAGAUCCAGUAAUAGUUAGCUAUGCAUUAGGUGGCAGUCAUUUCACUAAGGUACAUCCAGCCCAUAGGAAUGCCUUUGAUUGGUUUGAAAAGAACUAUCGAAAAGAUAUCUCUGUGCCUCGGAAAAAAAUUUAA